ACUUGGCUUGGCUCUCGCGCGCGUGGAACUCAGCCGACGUCCGACCGAGAGACCGCGCCGCGUCAUGUACCCGCUUUGGUGACGUCAUGGAGGUCCUGGUUGCGCUGAUGGCGGUGUCGCAGGUGUUCGGCGCGAGCGCGGCCUCGUCACGCCGCCACGUCAGCAAGCGCGACGCCUUCGACCCGCUCGGACGCAAGUGGACGCACGCCAACAUCUCGUACAGGUUGGAGUCGUUCCCCGACACGCUGAGCGCGAACGCCACUCGGGAGGCGCUCGGCGUGGCCUUCUCCAAGUGGAGCGACGUGUCGCCGCUCAGCUUCACCGAAGUCCGCCGGCGCGACGCCGACAUCACCAUCGGCUUCUACGCGUUGAACCACUCGGACUGCGGGUCAUCGCCUCUCCAUCCGUGUUUCGACGGGGUCAACGGCGAGCUGGCCCACGCGUUCCUGCCGCCGCGCGGCGAGAUCCACUUCGACAAGGACGAGUUGUGGAUCGUCGGGAGGUCCAGGUUCAGCUGGAGACGAGGCGCGUGGCUGAACGACCUGGUGCAGGUGGCGGCCCACGAGAUCGGCCACGCGCUGGGCCUGCGCCACUCGGCCGACCCGCGCGCCCUCAUGCACCCCAACGCCACCACGACGGGCCAGAGGGACGUCGGGCGCGAUGACGUCCGGGCCAUACGGAGGCUCUACGGCUGCGUGGACAAGAAGCGGGCGUGCGAGCGCUGGGCGGGCUCGGGCCUGUGCGAGCGUCGCAAACGCCUGAUGAAGAAGACCUGCCCGCGCCGCUGCCGCCUGUGCUCGGAGCCCCCGGAGGUCGUCGCCACGCCGACGCCGCCCGCCAGCGUCAGGGUGAAGGUGGUCCCGCGCGGGAAGGUGGUGGCCUUCCGCUGCAGCCCCAAGAACCCAAAAGCAAGAUGGCCACCCAAAGUCAGCUGGUACAAAGACGGCGAGCGCAUCGCGGCGUCCGUCCCGGGACACAUCGCGUUGAAAGGUCGCGACCUCCGCAUCGUGGCCAACGAGUUCAACGAGGGCGUCUACACCUGCCGUCUCGGCGGCCGCGGCCCCGCCGCCGACUCCUGGAGCGUCCGCCUCCGGAACCCGGACCGGGGCCGCGGCUGACCCGCCCGCCCCUGUGACAACGACGACGAUUGAUGACGAUGACGACGACGAUAGCCCCGAGAGAGAAACAAAUCUUGGAGCUGUACCGUAGCGGAGUAUUUGGAUGACUUUUAGGGCACGUUUCAGACUAGCUGGCUCACUUUGUAGGAAGCGUUCGAGGACCUCCAGGGCUCACUAUUUCGAAAUGUUGGAGUGCUUCUGGAA